AGGUUCGCGGUCUCCAGCAGCGGUCGGCGGGCUGUUCGUGCGCAGUGUGGGUCGUGUCUGCUGUGAAACCAGAGGUCACCAGGAGACACCGGGAGGUCAUCUGUCCGAGCAGCAGGCAGGUGGGAUGGCAGGCUGACGUUUCCCCCACGCGUGUCCACCUGAGCAUUCUUUCCCGGGAAACAAUAAACACAGUGGAUGCCUGAAAUCAUGAGUGCCCCAGGACCUCAGUCGAGGCAGGCCAAUGGAGUGGCCCGAUCGGACAGCAAGCUCAGCGCCAAGGCCCUCUAUGGAAGAACUGGAGAACUUCCCUCUUUCCACAAUCCACCUUUGUCAGACGGUGCUGAAUCAGACCCGCUACCUGUCUGUGCUGCUGCUUGUGUGUCAGGACAAGGAACAACACAGGCCCGACAUUCAUUUCUUCCACUGCGACGAGGUGGAGGCUGAGAUGGUUCAUGCGGACGUAGACAGUGCCAUUGGAGACAACAAGCACGGAAAGAAAAUGAGACUUCAGACUCUGAAGGUGAACCAGGAGAAAAUGAAGCGUCACAGAGAGACCAUCCUCCCUCCCUCGGCCCCCAGGGGCCCCCCACCUGUGAGAAAUCGACGAGUGGAAGCUGCUGCAAACACCCCAGAGAGGCGAGCGUCUGAUUCCGAGUCCCACGAAAAGCUGGCUCAGCGCAUCGAGAAGGAUGUGCAAAUUCUCAACUGCGCCCUGGAUGACAUCGAGAUCUUUGUGGCGCGGCUGCAAAAGGCAGCGGAGGCCUUUUCCCAGCUCAACCAACGCAACAAGAGUAAGAAGAAUAAGAAGAGAGGACCAGCAGAGGGCAUGCUGACCCUGCGAGCCAAGCCCCCCACUGAAGCAGAGUUCCUUGACAGCCUGCAGAAACUGAAGCUGGCCCUCAACCUCUUGGCCAAACUCAAGAGACACAUCCAGAAUCCAAGUGCCUCUGAGCUCGUUCAUUUCCUUUUCGGCCCUCUGGAGCUGGUGCUGCAGAGCUGUGGGAGUCCUGAUCUGGCUCGUUCAGUCGUUGCGCCUCACCUUUCUAAAGAUGCCGUUGACUUCCUGCGGGGGCACCUCACCCCCAAAGAGAUGACCAUGUUUGAGCUGCUCGGUGACGGGUGGACCAAACCCAGAGCAGAGUGGCCCAGGGAUCAGUGCGCUCCUCUGUAUUACCCCAGAUUUCGGAACGGUUGGGAACCGCCUGCAGAGUUUUUCAUGACAGCCCCAUGGGAAACUGAGGGACCAUCUGGACCGCUCGGGUCCCCCACCAGCCCCGAUUACAGGAAACACUCAGCUGAAGAUUAUUACGGGAAUCAUUCUCCAUCAAACGGGUCUAACGACGCGGCGCCCAACAGUCGCAAAUACGCCAAAAUCCGCUACCACUUUGUGGCGAGGAAUGCCAACGAGCUGUCGGUGCUGCAGGAUGAAAUUCUUGAGGUGAUAGAGGAUGACAAGCAGUGGUGGAAACUACGGAAUCGCAGCGGACAAACGGGCUACGUCCCAUUUAACAUCCUGGACGUUGUGAGGUUAGAAGAGCCAGAAGGCCCCUUCACCCAGAAAGGUUACACGGCACCUCCCCCUGGGCCCAUGAGCCGUGGGGACAGUUUCAACAGGGGCCCACAAAAAGACAAAAUGAUGGAUGAGGUCAACAACGAGCUUUUGAUCAAAAUCACUGCUAACAAAAGCCAGCCGCCCAGAAAGAUCCGCAUCGAGCGCUCCUCUGCCACUCAGGUGCCACUCACCUCUGACUCGAACCUGGAGCAGGUGACCACAUGGCUCAAUGCAAAAGGCUUCUCGAAACCGACUGUUGAAUGUUUGGGGAUCCUGACGGGAGCGCAGCUGUUUUCCCUGAAUAAAGAAGAGCUGAAGGCCGUGUGUGGAGAAGAAGGAGGCCGUGUCUUCAAUCAGGUCUCCCUGCAGAAAGCUCAGCUAGAGAAGUCCCAGGGUGACUCAGAGUUGCAGGAGAUCAUGAAGCGAAGACAGGAGAGGAUCGACUCCGGCUCCAAGGAGUGAACGCAUCACACCCCCACCCACUACCCCCUCCAGAUGUCAUCCUCCCCCACAGCUUUCAAAGUGCAGCAGCUUACUAAAUCAGUCUACUGUGUAUUGUGAUCUACAGUAGACGAGCAAUAAAUUUUCAUGUUUAAUUGUGUAUUUAUUUUGUAAAAUGUACAUUAUUCACUUGUCUUAUUCUUUUCUGUUUCUCAAACCAUUGAAGAGAUCACCUGCUGAGAGGAGGAACAUGCAUAAUGUGCAGUUUUGUGUGCGUUUGUGCAAAUACCUGUGCAUGGCAUGCAUGUAACGUGCACGUACACCAACAGUGUGGGGAGGGUCAACGUUCGUGUUCAAUUUUAACAUUGCAGCUGUUUCCAUAAUUUCAUAGUAGAAGUAAAUCUUUGCUGUUUGUAUUUUAAAUCAGUGCCAGAAUGUUUGACUUAUUUUCUGCUAUAUAGCCAAUUAUUUUCACAUUUUUAUUCAUGAAAAGAAAUAAAACACGAUCUGUGUUGUUAGUCAGCACCAAAGUAUUCAAAUAAAUCCUUGGUGCCGAUUGAUAAAAUACAUUAUCAUGCUGCUUUGUUGUUGUUUUUUUUUUCCUCUCCCAGAUUUCAUAUACUUUGAAAAACUUGGCGAGCAAUAAUUCUGCAUGCAUGAAGUCUGAUCAGUAACAGAGAGACGCUGUUCUUAUUGUGUUGUGAGCAGGACCACGUUUUACUGUGUAAACUGCACAAAAAAAGCUAAAUCAGUCCGUAUAACCUCUAAAUGAGCUGUUCUGGUUUAAAUGAUGAAAUGAAGACGUUCUUUGUGUUGUAAAUAAGUUGGAAGGCAAUGUUUAAAAAGACCGUAAUUGAAUAAAACGACCUUGUAAAUAUUUUCCAA